GCUGCAGGUGCAGUAGCUGUGACUCCGGCGAAGCUGGAGCAGUGAUGCAGGCACCGCCCCUCGUGCUGAGCAGAAAUGAGAUUUUGCGCUAGGCCCUGAGGCGCUCGCACCGGGCGGCGGCAGCGGAGAAGAAGCGAGCGGACAGGGAGCAGGCAGGCGCCUUCCGUGCAGAGCCGGUGCCCGGGCGGUGAGAUGCUGGCGCGGGCUGGGGCCCUAGGGAAGGAGUCUGCCUACGCCCCUCGCCUACCUUAGCCGAGGACUCGCCCCUCCGAGAAGCGCGUGGCCCGUCCUAGCCUGGGCUCCGGCGGCAGGAUGGUGGAUGUGUUCAGCGGGCGGCCCCUGCUCACGCGGGACGGGCGCGCCGUGGAUCCCGAGGAGGUUUUGCAGAACAAGAUCGUGGGCUUGUACUUCUCGGCCGGCUGGUGCUCCCCGUGCCGGGACUUCACCCCCGUCCUGUGCGACUUCUACAGCGAGCUGCUGGAGGGCGCCCGCCCGCCGGCCCCGUUCGAGGUCGUCUUCAUCUCGUCCGACCGCAGCCCCGAGGAGAUGGCCGAGUACAUGCACGACAUGCACGGGGACUGGCUGGCGCUGCCCUUCCACGACCCCUACAAGCAUGAUUUGAAGAAGAAAUACAAUAUAACGGCCAUCCCCAAACUGGUGAUUGUGAAACAAACUGGAGAAGUCAUUACUGACAAGGGAAGGAAACAGAUCAGAGAAAGAGGGCUAAGCUGCUUCCAAAACUGGCUUGAGGGGGCAGAUGUCUUUCAAAAUUUUUCUAACUGAACAAAAAUUGGGAGAUACAAGCAAGACAGUUAGACAAGGCUUGUGGGGGAACUUGCAGAGUUCCCAAACUAUAACUUCUUUGUUUAGAACAGAGGGCAUUAUUGAUUAGGAGCCAUUACAUUUUAGGCCAAACUAUAGAAAGCAGAAUAUGCCAAUAGGCUAACAUAGUUCAGAACAAAUGCACUUACCAUUUUAUUCAUGUUGUCUUGUUUGCUGCAGUUAGUACGAACACCAAAGCAUUUGUAAUAAUAUUCAAGAGCUCUGUAUUGUAGGGAUCUUUCAGACAGAUAGAAGGGCAGUCCUGUGAAAUCUAUGCAAAUGUUUUAUUUUUGCAGAUGUGUACAGGUAAAAAACCCCCAUAUUUUUCUCAACAAGAAGAUUUUUCUGGCGAUUAGCACAUAAUUUAUAUUGAUAAAACAGAAGUAUACUUGCUUUAAUAAAGUACUAUUUAUGCAUUGCAUGAUUUAAGAUGUCUCCUUUGAUAUGUUACACGUAAAUGACAUGGCUCUUAAAUGGGGUGCACUGUUUGCCCAUGCAUAAGAAGUCCCUUUUUGUCUAUUGCUGGGGUGGGUUUUUUGUCUACUUAAUAGUCUCUCUCUCCGUUUUCUUAUCUCCAGUUUUUUUCCCCCAAUACCAUAGUGUGAGUCAACAUCUCCAGUUCACAUUCAGGCUUCCUAAAAAAUAUCAGUGUUUUGUGUGUGUGUUUGCAAUGGGGAGGGGAGUGGCGGGAAGGAGGAGAAAGGUAGGGGGAUAUAUAGGUGUAGUCGCCAUGUUAAACAAAGAUGCUAACCAGGCUGGUGUCUAGUAUUUAGAACACGAAACUAUGGGUCUGAUUUUUCUUAUGUACAUCAUAUAAACUUUUCACUUCAGCAAAGUUACAUACAGCAGAGUCCAUGCAGAACUGGUAGGAGAGGAGAAUUUGUCCUUUAGGCCUUA